UAGAACAAUAUUAAAUAUUUUUUUUGUAGUACAUCGAUGCCCUCAGCGGCUCAGCAUUCUAGUCGUUCAGUUUCAAUUUUAAGCUACAAGUAUUCAACUUGCAUCUUAUUAGUUAUUAAUUUUAAUUUACUAUAGUUACUAGUUAGUUGUUAUAAUUCGUCUGUAUUCGCCUAAAUUGAGUAGCAGAGAUCAAUGUUUAAUUAACGUCGGUCAAAUUUAUUUUAUCUUAACUCGUAUCGAUUUCUACACGGUAUUCCUAUUGCUAUUUCACCGACGUUUGUCAUUUCGUUUUAUGUGAAUUCUGACAACCUUUGCAAAGAUAUCUCUCCACUGUCUCGUCGUUGAUUAAUUUUGGCAAUUUAACAAAAUGACAAAGUCUGCUGUGCGAGGUGCAUUAAUUGUUUUGGAAGGCUGUGAUAGAUCAGGAAAAACAACUCAAUGUACAAAAUUAGUUGAAGCUUUAAAUAGUAUGAAAAUACCAGCAAAAAAAAUAUCAUUCCCAGAUCGAUCUACUCCUAUUGGUUCAUUAAUCAAUGAUUAUUUAUCAAGGAAAAUAGAGUUACCAGAUCGAUCAGUACAUUUAUUAUUCACUGCUAAUCGUUGGGAACUAGAACCAGAAAUUCGUAAACAAAUCGAAUCUGGUGUAACAUUAAUUGUGGAUCGAUACUCGUAUUCUGGUGUAGUUUUUACAAGUGCCAAACAAUGUGUAGAUUUUAAUUGGUGUUGUGGUCCAGAAAAUGGUUUACCUAAACCAGAUUUAGUACUGUUUUUAAAAUUGUCAACCGGAGAAAUGGUUAAACGGUCUGGUUUUGGUGAUGAAAGAUAUGAAAAUAUUGAAUUUCAGCAUAAAGUGGAUAAAAAUUAUGAUAAAUUUUCAAACGAUAAUUUUAUUCAAGUAAAUGCAGCUCAAGACAUAUCAAGCUUAACAGACACUCUUUUAAAACAAGUUGUAAAAACUAUAGACACUGUUAAGAACCAAAAAUUAGACAAUUUGGUUUUGCAAUAAGAUAAUGUUAUUAAUGGUAGCGAUAUUUUUUCAAAUUAAUUUGUCUAUAUUAUGUAUUUGAUACUUCAUUAAAU